AUGUUGGGGAAAAUGAAGAUAUCUAAUUUGGUGGUGUUAUACAUUCAAUUUUUUUUUUUUUGUAAAAGUGAUGAUAUACCAUUUCAAAGUUCGGAAAAUUUGUUAAAUACAAGUUUGAUGUAUGUAAUACACAAUAAUUUCAAUGUUAAUGGAAUUAUGAAAAUAAUUGAAAAAAUGUUUAAGAAUAAUAUGGAUGAUAUUGAAAUGGAAGAUAAUAGUGAAAUACAAAAUCUCAAAAUUAAAGAAUAUAAUAUUGAUAGUAAUAAAUACAAAUUAACAUAUCUUUCUUUUAAGGAAUAUUGCUUGAACGAAGUUGAAAAUGGGGAAGACUGUAUGGAUUAUAUGGAAAAGGAUGUAACAGAAAUUGGUAAUAAAAUUGACAAUAAAUUUUAUUCUAAAUAUUUCAAAGAGAUAAAUUUGUUAAAACAUAAUUUAAAUGAACUAGCUAAUUUAUUAAAAGGGUUGAAUGAAUUAAAUAAUGAGAUAUUUUAUUUUUUUGAGAAUGUUAUAGAUUCUAAAAAUAUAAUUAAUAAUUCAAUGACGAACAAAUCGAAAAGAGCUUUACCACUUAUUAAUCAUUUUGAAGAACUAGUUUAUAAUUUAAAAAAUGCUGAUAACUCAUUUAGCUUUCAUAAUAUGCUUAUGCAAUUUGGUGAUGAAUUAAAUAUAAUAAUAAAAAAUGCAUUAGUUGAAUAUGUAUAUUUACAUAAGCAGGCAAAGGAACAUAUGAAACAAUUAGAAAAAUAUAUGGAAAAAAAUGUUAAAAUGCUAACAAAAAUGCAUAAAAAAAUAGUUUUAAGUAUUUUUUAUAUUGCUUCAGAUAUAAAUAAAACAAAUGAUAAAAUAGACUUUUUAAUAAAUAAAAAUUUGAAUGAAUUCAAAGAAUGGGUAAUAAAUGAAAAUAAGAAAUGUACAGAUAAAUUAAAAAAAAUAAAAUCAAAUAUUGAUUUUAAUUUCGAAAAUAUUAAUGAAGUUUUUGAUAAUUCAAAAGAAAAACUAAAGGAUGAUUAUAUAUCUUUUAUUGAUAUAAGUAAAUAUCUGUCCUUUCAAAAUCCAAAUAAAACAAUUUUGUCUAUCAUUCAUUUUCUUAAUAAUAAAUAUUCAGAUGAUGUUGAUAUAAUUUUUUUAUAUAAUGAAGAAUAUGUCGAGUUUAAUGUAAAUGAGAUUACUUAUGAAAAUGAUAUGAGUAAAAAUAAUGAUAAAUCGGAGACACCUCAAGAAUAUAUUAAAUUUGAAACAAAUUUUAAUUUUACUGAUUUGGAUAUUAUUGAAACAUCGAAAUAUGAAGAGGUAUUAAAAUCUUCUAACAUAGAUAAUAAUUCUAAUUUUAAACAAAUUAAUAAAAAUAAUUUUGAACAAAUAAUAAACGAUAUGAUUCUUAAUAAUGAAAUGUUGGAAAAUGGUACUUGGAUAAAAGAAAAAACAUUUCAAAAUAAUAAUAAUAACAAUAAUAAUAUUUCAUAUAAUGAUAUAUAUAAUGAAAUACAGAAAAAUACAAAAUAUAUAGAAAACAGUAUUAAUAAUGUUGAUAAUAAUUUUAGUUUUAAACCGAAUAUUAUUAACUUUAUACAAAGUAUUAAAAAUCUUUUUAAUAAUUUUAUUUUUAAUUUCGACAAUUAUUUAUGUUCUUUUGAAAAAAAUUUUGAUUCUCAAGAUAUUAAUAUUCACGAAUGUGUGGAUAAUACAGAGGAGUGUAACAAUAAGCAUAUCCCAAUUGAAGAAAAUAAAAAAUUAGAAAAAGAAGCAGAUGUGCAACAAGAGAAUCUAAUCGUAGAAUCAGAAAAAGAAAUCAAAGCUGUUUUAGAAAAUGAACCAAAUGAAUCUGAAAUAAAAAUUAAUAACUCUUCAUUAGAGCUCACGGAUUAUCAAAAAAAUGAACAUACAGAAGUAUUAUUAAGUGAUUUGAAAAUGGCACUAAAAAAUAAAAUUAUGCAUGAACUCGAAAGUGCAAUUAAAGAAAUUGUUGAAAAUGAAGUUUCAGAUGUACUAGAUGAUGAUUUUCCAGAUGAUGAUUUUUCAGAUGAAUUAGAAAAUUACGAAAAAAAUUAUGAAUCGAAUAAAAUUAACACAAUUAUUGAUUCCCCAAAAUAUGAAGGCGAAAACAAUUCGAAUAGCACUGAACACUUGCAAGAAAAUCAAACAGAACUUGUGCAUAGUGGUGAACUAGACGUCGAUAAAAAUAAUAUAUUUUCUACUGACAUAGUAAAAAAAAACGUUUUUGAUGGUGAAAAUGAUGAACAUUCAGGAAAAAAUGAUGAACAUUCAGGAAAAAAUGAUGAACAUUCAGAAAAAAAUGAUGAACAUUUAAAAGAAAAUGAUGAACAUUUAGAAAAAAAUGAUGAACAUUCAGAAAAAAGUGAUGAACAUUCAGAAAAAAGUGAUGAACAUUCAGGAAAAAAUAAUGAACAUUCAGAAAAAAGUGAUGAACAUUCAGGAAAAAAUAAUGAACAUUCAGAAAAAAGUGAUGAAUAUUUAGAAAAAAAUGAUGAACAUUCAGAAAAAAGUGAUGAAUAUUUAGAAAAAAAUGAUGAACAUUCAGAAAAAAAUGAUGAACAUUUAAAAGAAAAUGAUGAACAUUCAGAAAAAAAUGAUGAACAUUUAAAAGAAAAUGAUGAACAUUCAGAAAAAAAUGAUGAACAUUUAAAAGAAAAUGAUGAACAUUUAGAAGAAAGCGAUGAAUAUUUAGAAGAAAAUGAUGAAUAUUUAGAAGAAAGCGAUGAAUAUUUAGAAGAAAAUGAUGAAUAUUUAGAAGAAAGUGACGAGAAUAAUGAUAUGAUAGAGGGGCAGAGUAAUGAUGAAGAUAUAGACAGUGUCAAUGAUGAAGAUAUAGACAACAUCAAUGAUGAAAAUGAAACAACUGAAAAGAACAAAUUAAACUUUUCAAUAUUACACAGUUCAAAUUUAAAAUAUCUUUGGAGAACACCUAUCAUUAAAAAAUUAUACAAUAUGUAUAUUGAACAUAGAAAAGGAUAUAUGCAUAAUAAAAAUGAUGAAAAUGUCGAUAUAUAUGAAAUAGAUAAAAAUGAAUUGGAAAGCCAAAACGAUGAUAUAAAUAGUUUAAAUUUUAAAGAAGAAUUGAAAAAUAUUAAAGACAAUAUAUUUUAUGCAGUACCAGAUAUUUAUUAUAUUUAUGAUAUUUUAGAUAUAUAUCAAAAAAAUAAAAAGAAUGCUUCAAGCAAUAAUUUUUUUUAUAAUGCUUUUUAUGGAAAUGAUUAUUUGAUGAUAAAAUCAAAAGGUGUUAAUAUAGAAACAUUUAUUUAUCCGUAUUUUGAAACAUUAAAUUUACAAUUAAAUGAAUCAAAUAUAUGUUCAUCGGGUAAUUAUUAUUCAUGUAUGAAAGACUAUAUUAGUAAUAAUAUCGAUAAAGAAAAAUUAAAUAAAAAAACAUUAUUUAUAUAUUUAGGGACAUUUAAAGACGAAGUGUUUAAAUUGCCAAAUUCCAAACUUGUUGAUGAUUUAAAAAAAUUCCAUUUACAACAAUUUUUAAAUAACGAAACAGAAUAUCAAUUUUUUAAUAAUUUUUUAGUUCAAAAGCAUAAAGAAGAAUCAGAAUUUUUUAGAAAAUUAAAAUUUUAUACUGUAUAUCAUUCCCAGCGUAAAGAUACGCUUAUGUAUGGUAUUGAUUUUAAUUUUUAUGUUUCAUAUUUUUCAAAAGGAGAUAUACAUCAUUUGCCUUUUUCAUAUUAUUACGAUUCAAUAAUUUAUUUUAAAGUAAUCUUAGCAUCUUCAAAAUAUGGAUAUCAAGAAAUUGUUCCAAUUGAUGAUGAUAUAAUAAAUCUUGGCUUAAUGCUUUCAUUAGAUAAUAAAAAUAAAAAUGUACAUUAUUUAAUAAAACCAGAAGUGAUAGAAGAUACACAAUAUGAUCUAUUCAGAAACAAAAAAGGUAUUGUAAAACUUUAUAAAAUAACUUAUGAAAAUGUGAAAAUUAUACCAUCAAAGAAUAAAUACAAAAUGCAUGUUACAAGAAAUAUGAAUGUUAUUUUACAAAAAGAAGUAACUUUUAAUAGUAAUAAUAAUAAAAGGACACUUUAUUAUAUUGACACAUUUUACGAUAAAAUGAGCGAAAUUAUGAAAAACAAUAUGAAUUUGGAAUUAUUUGGAAAAACAUUCUUUUUACAUUUGGAAAAAAACUGA